UUAUUAAUUUGAAACUUCGUAACAGGGAACGAUUAUGGGUAAAAAUAACGAUAUUAUACAAAGUUAUUGCAAAAAAAUAUAUUUAAUCGGUUCUGGAAAUUUUUGGUUCGUAGAAGGUGAAGUAGUAGGGGAUGACAGAAGAUGGUUCUAUAGGCUGUAUACCUUCAUAUUAAUAUCAAUUUAUGUUAUUACAACUUUAUUAGAGAUUCUUGCUGUACUGUUUGGUGAGUAUCCAGAAGACGAGAUGGGCGAUGCUGUAACGUUUGCAGUUAGUCACUCUAUUGUGGUAACAAAAAUAAUAUCGGUAAUCAUGAACAAAAAUUUAAUUAGAAAUAUAAACAAGAAUAUGAUUGAAAGUUGUGAGAAAUAUGAGGAAUCGAAUUUAAUGGAGCGUAUGUAUAAGAUUCUGAAGAUAAAUAUAUUGGCGUACUUCAUUGUUGUUUACGGGGCGUGUGUUUGUUAUGUUUUCGAAGGUUUCAGAAGAUUGUCUGAAGGUUCACAUUUUGUUACAGUUGUUACCUACUACCCGACGCAUGAAGAUAAUUCAUUAAUGGCAACUGUGUUUAGAAUAUUUGCUACAUUAGUACUGUAUGUGAUGAUGAUGUCGAUGAUAGUAUCUGUGGAUUCUUACACUAUGACUAAUUUGAUUAUGUUGAAAUAUAAAUUCAUUACAUUGAGACACUAUUUCGAGAAAUUGCGAGAAGAAUUUGAUAAAACUAGUAUUACUGGAAAUUUGCAGCAAGCAACGGAGAAGUUAACUAAUGGAUUAGUAGAAGGGAUUGUAAUGCAUAAUCAGCUUUUAAUGUUAGGCAAAGACAUCCAUACAGCGUUUGGAAUGGUUAUAUCUUUACAACUACUGCUAAGCUCAGGUUCUGCUGUAUCUCUUUUGCUACAAAUUGCACUUUCAGAUGAAAUCACAUUUGUUGCCAGUAUGAAAGUUAUAUUUUUUGUUGCGGCUCUUUUCUUUUUACUGGGACUAUUUUUAUGUAAUGCUGGGGAAAUAACAUACCAGGCGUCAUUAUUAUCAAAUGCGAUAUUCUACUGCGGUUGGUACCUUAGUCCGGUACUACCGUCACGACAGCGCAACUUACGUCAGAUAGUGCUGCGUGCGUGUAUGCAGACACAGCAUCCACCUGUCAUGAAGGCAUUUAAAAUGAUUGAGCUUACAUAUGCUACGUUUUUACAGGUACUGAGAGGAACAUAUUCAGUAUUUGCGUUGUUUUACGCACGAAGAAAAUAAAAAAAUAUCAACAAUUUAAGAGAGAUUACCUAUUUUAAUUGGUAAAAGUAUAAUUAUUAUUAGUAGAAUGUAUUUUAUUUAUAUUUAUGUAAUGAUAAUAAUCUGUCUGAAAUUCUAGUCUGAUGGUUGUAUGUUUUUAGAUAACGUGAAUAGAUGUUAAUAAACAAGUAUAAAUACUAUACGUGAUUACUUAAUAGCUAUGUGCAGCAAAGCGUGAUUUAAAUAAGUUAAUAUGUAAUAAGAUAUUUGUAGAAACAAAUAUGGGUAUUUUCAUUAGGUACAUAAUUUUCCAUAUAAGAGUUAAGUAUAGAAGUAUAUUUAAAAGUUGUAUAAAUAAGCAUAAAAUUAGUUAUAACUUUUUAAUUAGUUAUUAAGCGCUUACUCUAUUUGAUAUAGGUAACUUUCCGUAUCUAGUUUUUUUUAUGGGUGCAAAUGGUAUGGUAACUCCGCCUGCGCUAAUGGAUACGCUGGCGGUGCACCAGUGAAGGGUGAUAAAUGAGAAUGAAAACAGGCCAGUUAGCCUAUCAUGAUGAAUUCAUCAGGAAUUAACCACGAUAGUUUCCAGGGAGAACCGCGAGGAGGUCGACCUGGUUGGGUAUUUCCGUAUCUAGUUGCUAUGAAAAUAAAUUAAUAAAGAAAUUAUUAGUGGGUUAUUUAUAAUCAUUAUAUAGAGAUAAUAGCAUGGCUAAUACUGAAUAUACUCAUGCAUUGCCGCUCCUGACCACUAACAUGCAUGCAUAACAGGUGAUGCAUGCUCUAACACAAGCUAAUCUUGUUAAAGCAUAAAUUGGAUUGACUAUUUUAUCAUCUUUGCUGUCAAUAUUAAAGUACUAGCUAUGUCUUCUAAUCCUGCUAUAGCAUUCUACAUCUUUGUUCGCAUGAAGUAGGGCGAAACGUAUUCCAUGUAAUCAAAUUUCAAGCAAAUCCAUUUAACUGUUUAAGUGUGAUUGAGUAACAAAUAUCUGAAUUUCAAAUAUUGUAAAGUUCAUUUUGUAAAGACAAACUUUCACAUUUAUAAUAUUGGCAGGGGAGUAGAAUGAGUUGUACUUAAAUAUUAUAGAUACCUAUGCUAUAUUUUAUAGAUAUUGUAUCCAUUUAAGAGUUCCAUUGUGUUCGAGUUUAUCUCAACUGCAGCUGUUAAAGAGUGGUCUGCACAAAGAUUGUUUGGCGCUCGGUCUCUUAAAACAAACUUUACUUUUAAAUAAAGUGGUAACCUGCGAAAUAAAGACGGAGAUAGAUCAGAGAUCAGAGUGAACUUUGAUAUUAAGUAUCAUGGACUCCAUGAUACUUAAUAUCAAAGUUGGUACUAUCAAUAUUAUUAUUUUUGUGCCUGUAAAAUUUGUUUGUGUAAACUGAAAUAGUCCC